CUGAUCGUGACAUCAUAUGGCGUAUUUUGCAAUUUGUGCUCAAAGCAAUUUAAAUACGUUUAAUUAGCAAAAAAAUACUUUUAAAUAUACAUAAUAGUAAAGUUGCAAUGCAGUGUGCAGUUUGGAAUUGCGUAAAUGAACGUAAGAACAAAGAGGCUAAAAAAAGUUUUUUCGUUUUUCCAAAGGACGAGAAACUGCGUGAAAAGUGGCUGGAGUUUUGCGGGCGUCCCGCAGGCUUUAAACUGAAGACAUGGAGGAUAUGCAUGGAUCAUUUCAAAAAGGAAGAUAUCGUUGGAGGAUUGGCUUUUGAAAUGGGACUGCGUGAGAAAAGAUCUUUGGUGCAUGGCGCUGUUCCCUGUAUAUACCACAAUAUAUCUCCCACCGCUGAGGAAGAAUUAAAAAAGUUGCAGAAAAAAGAAAGGAAAAGAGCAGCUGAAUCUACAAGUAAAAAAACCACUGUCCUAACAAGAUCGGAAGAGAGUUCUACUAUGACAAAUUGGUCUAGGCCGGGUCUAACCAUAAGAAAAGUAACAUCAAACGCAUCAACUCCUGUCUGGACAAUCGCGAACGUUACGCCAAAUAAUGCGUCGCCAAAAACGUCUGUGCCUAUCAAAACUGAUGUGGCCUCUGGAUCUGAUGAGGUGGAUGAGGAAUCUGUGCAAUUAGCGGAAAUUCAAUCAUUACGAAUUCAAAUUGAAAAAUUAAAGCGAGAGAACUUUGAAUUGCUGCAGUUGAUACGACGCCAGGAAUUAAGACAUCAAGAUGAAAAAUCCGCAUUGAAGCAAAAAAUAGCAAAAGUUGAGUUGGAAGAGAAAAAUGUAAAGGAACCGUUGUUAGGGUCAUUACCCGCAAAGCAUAUUAAUAUAGAAGUUAUUGACGAACAUGCAAUGAAAAGCGUAAUACAGAAAAAUGGAGCAGCACAAAAUAUGGGCAACAGUAGCCUAGGAAUAGUCCAUAAGGAGGAAGUAAAAAUGGAAAUAGUUGACGAGAAUUCAGAAGAAGAUAUUGAUAAUAUGCAAAAAAUAUUAACAGAAGACACAAUAGAAAAGCAGUUGCUAGGCAUAUUUUCCGAAGAGCAAAUAAAAAUAGAGUUCAUUGAAAAAAAGGUAGAAGCAGAUUUGGAAAAAGACUUAAUGCAGCAAAAACUAGCAAGGCAAAAUAUAAUGAAGAAUUUGAAAGGAAUGCUUUACGACGAUCAAAGAAAAAAUAUUUUUCAAGAAUAUAUAGAGGAAACGCCACUAGAGAUUAAAACAGAACAUGAAUGAGUAUAUUAAUAAUGAAUGAAAUUUUUUAAAUAAACGCAUACUAUGUAUGCAAUUAACAGUUAA